CCGUGCCCCGGAAAGCGGCGCGCACGCAGGCGCGGAGACCGCACGUGGCACCAGUGGCGCCAUGGCGAGCGGGAAGGAGCUCCUGGACCGUGCUCAGGUGAAGAAGGCGGUGGAGGCUCUCGUGGCUUUCGCCAGAAGCAAGGCCAAGGGGGACGCGCUGCUCCUCAACGAGAGCGAGAGCGUCCAUCUCGUGGUGACGGUGUGGAAGGUCCCGCAGGUGGCAAAAGUUAUCAGAAUACCACUGCCCCAUGGCAUUCGACCAGAAACAACUGAGGUUUGCCUGUUCACAAAGGAUGAACCAAAUUUAUCAGCAGAACAGACUGAAAAUCUGUACAAGAAACUUUUACUCCGGAAUGGGGUCAGAAGUAUUAGCCAGAUCAUCUCAUACAAAACCCUCAAGAAGGAGUAUAAAAUGUUUGAAGCAAAGCGGCGCCUCCUGAACAGCUUCGAUCUUUUUCUGUCUGAUGACCGAAUUAGAAGGCUUUUGCCCUCACAUCUAGGAAAACACUUCUAUGAAAAGAAAAAGGCUCCGUUAUCUGUAAACCUGAAAGCCAGAGAUCUUGCCAAGGAACUAGAAAGACAUAUUCAAGGGACUACACUCUCAGUUCACAACAAAGGGUGCUGUUAUACAACACGCAUAGGUCACACUGGGAUGAAAGUGGAUGAGAUACUUGAGAAUAUCAUUGCAGCAGCAGAAGUGAUUGGUAACAAGUUACCAAAGAAAUGGAAAAAUGUAAAAAUUCUUCACCUCAAAACACUUAAAUCUGUUGCACUUCCAAUAUUUACUGCAAAUAUCUCCAACCUGGAUGAGCUUGACAAACUGCCAUCUCUCAGGAAAACUGAAAUAAAGAAGAUGAAACCCAAGAAAGUGAAGAGGAGAGCUAAAAAACUGAAGUCAAGUCAAGUCACUGUGACAGCAGGAAGUAAAGCUGCUGCUGCUGGUACCCAGGAGCCUGUGAUAAAAGAGAAAGUAGAAAUAGUCCAAGAACCAGGUGAUAAUGAUGAUGAAGAAAUUCCACAACUGGUGCCUAUACAAACAACAAGCUCAGCUGACCUGAAGAAAAUGGAACCAAGUCCAGAAAAAGGUGACAAUUUGGGCAAGAAAGCCAAAACACGCCUCGGUAAGAGAAAGAAACAAUCUCUUGUGAUAGAGACUCCAAAAUCAAAACCUGAGGUUACAGAAGAGUGUGUAAACUUACAGACAUCUUCAAAAGAGAAAAAAGCCAAAGCCAAGCAGGUCAGCAAGACAAAGGAAGCAAUAAAAGAAAAAGACGUGAAAAAGUCUCAAAAAAAGCCUGAAGCAAAGUCAUUUGCAACACCCAAAGCUGGCAAGUCAAUACAGUCAGCCAGGAAGACUUCAAAACCACCAAAGCAGGCACCCAAAAAGGUGCGCGUGCCACAGUCAGCGUGAACAUUGUCUGUUGUAACACACUUUGUAUCAUCAUACCAUAGUGUAUUUUCAGGAAAUACAUUUAUUGAUGAAGUAAAAUACCUUCUUAGAAAAUCUGAUCCCAAAAGGUUUUUUUCACCAAGAUCUCUAAUGAUUCAUUGGUUUCCUUUUAAUUUACAAGCUGGUACAAAUAAACUCACUGUCUUAAUGGCCCCCAUCACCUUUUAUCUUUUCCUGGCCCAAACCAAAAACACUCAAAUUUUUCAAGUGUCAAAGGGCAGAGAGGGGUCUAUCCUAGGGAAAAAAAGCUGAGAAAUAUUUUAAUAAAUGCUGUCUUUCUGAAG